UCGACUUUACAUUCAAAAACACGCCGUACUGACUGACGAUAUCGUUAUAUAAUUACGUUAUCCUUAUUAGACAUUUACAGGAUAUCUUACUGAAUGGAAUAUUUGAUAUUGUAGUUAUAAGGAUUAAUGUACUUUGGAAUAGAUAAAUAUAUCAUCAAGUCGGAAUAAAACAAUCCCCGUGACGAUGAUUCUUUUACUUGUAUAUUUGAUUAGUACAAUCUACUUGCACAACGUUGCUGCUUUGCUUUCUUAUUACAUGGAUGAUAACUGCAAUGGUACUGUGGACCUUACAGAUAUAGAUUCUAUCCUGCUGCAGCUCACAAAAAAGAGCACUUACCAACCAGACAUUGAUUGUUCUCUUCUGAUAUCAUCAACUAAGUAUGACCAGUUCAUGCUUUAUUUCAUGCACUUUGAUAUCUCAUCAGAUGAGCAGCAGGGAUGUACUGAGGACUGGUUGGAAGUACAUGAUGGCAAUAACGUGAAAUCUCCGUCCGUGGCAGGUAUACCUAAAAGAUUGUGCGGCAGUUACAUUCGUGACAGUGUGAGGUUAUCCACCGGCAACAAUGUUUUCUUACGUUUUAUAAGUGGCGAGGCAUGGGAAGAGAAGGGGUUUGAUAUGGUCAUCACUCAAUACCAUACAGGUUCAUGUGACGCUAAUGAACAAUCUUGCCGAAAUGGCCGCUGUAUCACAAGCAGUUUGGUAUGCAAUGGAUAUAAUCCGUGUGGAGAUAAUUCCGAUUGUUCAGCCGGACACAAAAUGAAUCCCACCGCCACUAUAGUCGCCACAGUCUUCGCUGUCAUCUUUCUUUCGUUAUAGCAUCUAUUAUGGCGUUCGUUGUGCCCAGAUAUUAGAGGUAUUUAUAUGUUCUGGACUACCACCUGGAUAGAACUGCUAUCAAACUACGUAGAACUCGAAUCAGACAUAUACUUAAAUAUUAAGUUAUGCCAUACGUUGGAUCGUUUUCAUUGAUAUUUAAAUCUUGUACCAUUUUCAGCAUUUUCUUCGUUUAACUAUAACAAUGAAAAACUAUUAUUCGAAACUUUUUAACAACGUAAAAUAUAUACUGCUGGAAAAGGUGAGAUUCUAUUAUUUAUGAAAUAUGUACGUAACUGUAAUUCCAGAGAUACUGUUACGGCCUUUAGAUUUGAAUGGUGUUAAAUGACUCAUUAGAUAAAUUAAAGAGUUUUAUUAAUAAAAUACAAAGUUUCAAUUCCUCCAUUUAGUUUACGUACAGCAUUUUCUGUUUGUCAAAGUUUCAAAAUGUAAUUGAUGUGAAAUCGUCAAAGACGUUUUUGUGAAGGACACACAUACUUAGACUAUUCUUCAUCAUAUCCUAACUCGUCUAGGCGCGGGGUACCAUUUUAGUCAGGCCAAAUGAUCUACGAAUUAUUUCUUCUAAUACACAUUUUGAAUAUAUUUUAUCUAUAUAACGACAAAACUAUGUGGAGAGCAAUUAUCCUUCUAUUACUGUUGACAAUGCUUUAAAUACGAUUUACAGAAUGUCACAGACGGAUGCGCGUAAAGCAGCUUGCCUCAAGAUUUAGCUAAAAAGUAACCUUUCUUUCAGUUAUAAAUAUAGACAAAAUUUUAAACUGAACUUAAAAAAUGGCACCAAAAGGGCUAAAAUUUACAAUGGAAAAUACCCCCAUUGAAAUAGUCUUUUGAUGAUAACUUCAAUACUAAUGAAGAUAUUUUGAAAAUUUGAAAGAUUUCUGCUAUUACCCUCGGAUUCCUCUGGACAGAAGUAUUAUCUAAAUGACGCUGUCUCAUAUUUAUAGA